UUUUUUUUUUUUUUUUGUGGUGGUGGUGGUGCUCUGGUGUGUGUGUGUUGUUAUCUAAACCGUUUAGUUUUGGGUGGUUGCGCCUAGAUCUCGAAAGUCAGCGGGGGAAAGCAAGACACCCAAGCGGGGAGGAGAGAAGCGAAGAAAAGGCCGCGGUGGAUCUACUGUUUUGCAGCCGUCCCGGGGAGACGGGCCAUUAGGCAGGGGAGCCAUGGCUCAGAGCUCAGGGAGAGCAGCAGGGCACGGGGGUGUGAACCAGCUCGGGGGGGUGUUUGUGAACGGCAGGCCCCUACCUGACGUGGUGAGACAAAGGAUAGUGGAGCUGGCUCACCAGGGGGUGCGACCCUGUGACAUUUCCAGGCAGCUGCGGGUCAGCCACGGUUGUGUCAGCAAGAUCCUGGGCAGGUAUUACGAGACGGGGAGCAUCAAGCCUGGCGUGAUCGGAGGGUCCAAACCCAAAGUAGCGACCCCCAAAGUAGUGGAUAAAAUCGCCGAGUACAAGAGACAAAACCCGACAAUGUUCGCCUGGGAGAUCCGGGACAGGUUACUGGCCGAGGGCAUCUGCGACAACGACACGGUCCCCAGUGUCUCCUCCAUAAACAGGAUCAUCAGAACCAAAGUUCAGCAACCUUUUCACCCAACACCAGAUGGGAGUGGGACAGGUGUGACUGCACCAGGACAUACUAUCGUGCCCAGCACAGCAUCCCCUCCCGUCUCCAGUGCCUCCAAUGAUCCAGUGGGCUCUUACUCCAUUAACGGGAUCCUGGGGAUUCCUCGGUCGAAUGGCGAGAAGAGGAAACGUGAUGAAGAUGUAUCCGAGGGCUCAGUUCCCAACGGAGAUUCCCAGAGCAGCGUGGACAGUUUGCGGAAGCACCUUCGAGGCGACACUUUCACCCAGCAGCAGCUGGAAGCUUUAGAUCGAGUUUUUGAACGUCCUUCUUACCCUGACGUCUUUCAAACAUCAGAACACAUCAAAUCUGAGCAGGGUAAUGAGUACUCCCUCCCAGCUCUGACCCCUGGUCUCGAUGAAGUCAAAUCAAGUCUAUCCACCUCUGCUAACCCAGACCUGGGGACAAAUGUGUCAGGACCCCAGACGUACCCUGUGGUGACCGAAAACCUCUCCUCUCCCCUCAGUAUAAAGCAAGAGCCUCAUGGAGCCUCUCUCACCCCUUUCACCCCCACCACGCCGGUCGGCUCUGGGCAGGCUGAUCUUCAGCCCUUCCACAUGGCCCUUUCAGACGAUGCGUCCACGCCUUGCUACAGUGCCUUCCUUCAUCAUGGUGCCCACUUUGGGCAGUCCAGCAGCCAGCCUCUGAUAGCAGGUCGUGAUAUGGCAAGCACCACCUUGCCUGGCUACCCACCCCAUGUUCCCCCAACUGGACAAGGCAGCUACCCAACCUCAACUCUUGCAGGAAUGGUUCCUGGGAGCGAGUUCUCAGGCAACCCCUACAGCCACCCUCAGUACACAACCUACAAUGAGGCCUGGCGGUUCAGCAACCCUGCAUUACUAAUGCCACAUCCCGGGGCUCCGCACCUCCCACUGCUGCCGCUGCCUAUGACCGCCACUAGUUACCAUGGAAACCACAUGAAACUACAGGGCGACAGCUUAGGCCUCCACAUUGUACCUGUCUGAUCACCUCCCCCCAUCCCUGGGAAGGGUGAAGAAUUUCUCCAUUCCUCCCCACAGUCCAGUUCCUUCCUCUUCGCCACGAAGGCACCGGACCAAGCGCUCACCACACAAGACUGAGACCCUCACCCUCCCCUUGCCCUCUGCCCCUCUGCUCCCCCCACGCCGGGAAGAGCCUGUGGCCAAGUGGCUUCUCCUGCAGGAGCCCUCCACCACUCCUGGGCAGAGUGCAGCCACACAAAGGCCCCUUAGCUUCCAGGACGUCAGGGGGACUGGGAAGCAAUACAGCUGGCAACCACUGCCUUACAGGACCCCCUUCCAGGACCGGUGAGGGCAGGGAGAACACCACUCAUGAAACACUGUUCCCCAAAGAUACGCUCUUCUGUGGUGGACUCUUCAAUGUGUGCAACAUGUGAUGCUCACCCUGUUUCCCAGGACAGAGGGAACAGUCUGGCUAGAGCAGAGAUGGCAGUACAGAGACCUGGCCCAUCUGGCAAUGAAGAAAAGGACCAAGUACCUAUCUGCACCCCAUGAGGGGUUCUCUGUGCACUUCAUCCCAACUCUCCAGCAUGGCUUCCCCCAUAGUUGGCUGCACCUCACACGUGGUGACUUCACAGGCCAGAGUCGGAAGGAACCUCACACAUACACCCACAAUUUCUGUGACACACAAUCAGCUCAGACAGGAGGAUGGAGCAACAUUUACAAACCAACCGACAAAAUGAAGAAAUAUAUAAAUAGAUAUAUAAAUAUAACUGUGUUUUUAUGCUUUGUCAUGAAGGUCUGUAAAAAGAAAAAAAAAAAAAAAAGAACAAAUCCCAAUUUUCUAAAAAACCCAAGCAAACAAAACCAACAAAAACCCCAAAAUAAUAAUUAAAAAAAACCUACAAAAAUAAAACUCCAAGUCCCAUCCCUCCCCGCCACCUGAAUGGCAGACGAGUUCCUCUGACGUCUGAUGCUCCUCUUUCACUCUAGGGUUUUGUUUCCUUUCUGUUUUGCACUACAAUGGGAUGGUGGUAUUGGAGAGGAUUGGAUGCCAGCUCUACCCCUGUUGCCUCCUUCUCCUCCUCCUUUCCCAAAUCCUGUCUCUGGGGAGCAGUAUGGACAAGUCACAUCUGACAAAGUUACCAAACACAUCAGUCGACAAAAAAGCACUCUGAGUCAACAAACGUUUUCCAUGUCACUGGCUGGCAAACAAAGAAAACAAGCCCAGCUGCGCUCUAGCUGCGCUGUGUGGUGGAAAGUGUGGGGCUUCAUGUGGGCCCAUCUGAUUGCCCUCUGGACAGCUGAGACUGAGAUGGACAAAUUCAGGAUUGGCUGGGAUUAUUGCUUGGUUCCCUAGCCCUUAGCCUCCACUCCUUUUACCUUAACCCCUGUACCUGUGAUGACUUCAGCUCACCCACAUCCUGACUUUCACAAUUUUAGAUAUGCCCAACACCCAUUCUCCGGAUCCCCACUGCUGGUGAUAACAGCCUCAUUAUUCUGUGCCCAACACCCAAUUUCCUAACCACUAUAGCCUUGCUAUAUGGGCCCCCUUCGUUUCCCAGUCCAUCUGCUCAUACACCUACUAAUUUAUAGGCCUCCAUUCAAAGCCGUAUGCCUGCAUCCCACCUGCCAGUCCCAACAUACAGCCCCGUCUUUUCAUCUUCAAUCCUAUAUUGUGUGUCCUAAUAUUUACCCCUUAUCCCAAAUGCUCACUUGAUGAUUCUCUAGGGAUUCUCUGCUCUUUUUGGUUCCCAAGUGACUGGCAAACUCUGUUCUGAAAAAGGCUAACUGUCAAUAGAAACGCUUAUUACUCCUGCAUUGUCAGCAAACUCAUAAACUGUUCCUUGCACUGACACUUCCUAAAAACUACUCAAAGAAAACACGAAGGCAGCUAUAGCCUGUCCCCAGGGUAUCAAGUCUGCCAAAGUAGAUCCUUGUUGUUUUAGAGAGGUUUCAGAUAAAACUCAUGGGCUACUGUCCACGGACAAAGACAGGAUUGAGAAUCAACCCCACCCCCCCCCCCCCAGAGGGCAUAAAACUGAACAGCGGAGUAAUCUGUACAGCCAACAUUAUGUAUAAAAUCCAAAGUUCCAAGCCUCAGAGGAGAUGUGGUUGUGGACUCGGUAUUCUGUCUCCAAGUUUAACUUGUAUGUAUUAAAUCCAUCAUCAGUAAACAGCUGUGUUGAUCCCAAAGGCCCCCUUCACCUAACACUUUUAGCCCUUGCAUGGCUCUAGCUGAUUAUAGGUCUGUGUCUUCUUUAAUGGGGUGCCCAAAUGAUAAUGGUGUUUGGGGAGAUGUUUACAUAGAAGAUAUAGAACUAAAAUCUGUUCCUGUAUAGGAGAAAAUCAAAGAGGUUACUCCUAAUCUAUUGAAAGUGUCAUUCUGCACAUAUUACCUCUGAGUAACCUGCUGCAAAGAGCAGUCACCAAGACCCGAAUUUGGCCUGUUAUCUCAUCUUAUAUGAGAAGAAAUUUCUGAAUAAAUUCUAAAAAAUCUCUUUCACCACUCCUUCUGUUUUCCUCCACAGACAACAAAUAGAUGCUGGACCCUAUUACUAAAGUCUCCCUCUUAGUCUCUCAGUACAGCCUUUGCUCUACAUGUGCACCACCAAGUUUCACUCAGCAGGUGGUCAGAGCAGAGACACUAAAUCACAGGAUGAGGAAGCAGAACCUCAUGAGGAGGCUAGAGAAGACUGUCACACUUCACACUUGACAACUGCAGUCCAGAGGCCACCUCAAGAGAAGCUAGCAGCUCAGAAAUGCUUAUUUUUAUAAUGGCGUUUCACUAAACUUGAGACAUGAGCUUGGGUAUGAAAGCAGGAUGUGGUUGGCUUACUCAUGGCUGGCUUGAUUUGACCCUUGGAGGGCCAAUUCCAUUGGUGGAAUGUUAUUUUUAUCAGUAACUCCACUGAUAAAAGAGGAUUUCCACCAGGCAUGAUUGGUCUGGAAAGUUCAUAAGUAUGGCAUGUAAUUUGACCAGAAAAAUGAAAAGGAAAGCAGAAUUAUGCAAAGGACUGGGCAGUCUAAUCCUCUUCCACCACCAUCUGUAGACCCCAAUGCGAAUGUACUGAAUUACAUUUGCCAAAGAGUUUCUUGUGUUGGUUGUUUUGAUUUACAGUCGGUGGAUGCAUUGUAAAGCAGUAUUAUAGCUAAAGUCUAGUAGCUGACACAGGGAUUUAUGUGGUGAUAUUAUGCAGAAGAAAACCAUCAAUAUUCAUAUAGAUUCCAUUAGACUGGACUAUGCAGGAAACGCAAAAAUUCUACCAAUUAUUUAAUAUUAUGUUAUUUGCAAAAACAAUUGCUGCUUUGUAGGAAGAUAAUGUGUGUAAUGUGAAGGCAAUUCCUCUUGUAAAUAAGUUCACCUCCAUCUUCAUCAUGGUAGUUAUUAAAACAGCCUCGCCUCAUCCUGUAGAUAAGGAACACGCUGUCUGUACUGUGCAAGUCUCGUUGUGCUCACUGAAAACAAAACAAUGUGUUCAAUAAAGCACAGCACAAAUCCAGAA